AUGGCUAAGUUACUUAAGCCAUGCCGACUGGACACGGAUCCCAGCUCUCCUACGGCGGCCAAGGAGUGGAAACACUGGCACCGCACGUUUCAAAACUUCAUUGAGGAGAGUGGAGAGGCCGCACCUAACAAGCUGAGGGCUCUAGUGAACUGUGUAUCCCCGAGUGUGUAUGAACUCAUCGAAGACUGUGUUUCAUAUGAAAGUGCCGUUGCAAAACUGGAGAGUGUUUACGUCAAGUUACCAAGCGAGAUUUUUGGAAGGCAUGUUUUGGCAACCCGACGACAGCAGUCGGGCGAAUCCCUUGAUGAAUUUUUGAGGGAGCUACAUAAACUAAGCAAGGACUGUAACUUCAAGGCAGUCACAGCUGAACAAUAUCGGGAGGAGCUGGUACAUGAUGCGUUUAUUAACGGUAUUGCCUCUGCAUUUAUUCGUCAGCACCUGCUAGAAAAUAAGUCCUUGAAUCUGGAGGCGGCAUACAGUCAAGCCCGUACAUUGGACCUUGCCCAGCGGAAUGCUGAUGCAUAUACGUCUUCCUUGCCUGUUCAUCAUGCUGCUGCUUUAGUUCCAGGACAGCAGGAACUGCCCAGUGAUGACCAACAACAGCAGUCAACGAAAGAAGUGGAAGAAAGAAGACCACCUGUGGACUUGACUGUCGCUGCUGCACACGUAUCUAAGAAGAAAUGCAAUUUUUGUGGUAAUGCAUUCCACAUUACAGCUACAGACGUCACUGUCAAUGGUCAUUCAUUGAAGGCACUAAUCGACUCAUGCAGUUCGGAUAGCUUCAUAAGUGAGAAAGUGGCACAUAAAUUAAAGCUGACUAGUUCCGCUGAUAUUGAGGAGCCUUCACUGUUUCCGAACUUGCCUCAACAAUGUAAACCAAUUGCAGUUAAAUCCAGACAUUAUUGCAAAGAUGACCAGUUAUUUAUAAAUGACCAGAUAUCACGCUUGCUGUCUGAAGGCGUCAUUGAGCCAAGCAUAUCCCCAUGGAGAGCACAGGUCGUAGUUGUGAAAGAUCCACUUGACAGGCACAAAAAGAGACUUUGUAUUGAUUAUUCUCAAACCAUCAACCAAUACGCAGAACUAGAUGCAUAUCCCCUCCCGAGGAUAGAGGACAUGAGAGCUAUGGAUAAAUUAGUUGAAGAUGAGGAUCUUAAAGAUACUUUCCCAUAUCUCGAUAAUAUUACUGUAGCUGGAUCAACUCAGGAUGAGUAUGAUGAAAAUGUUAAGAAGUUCUUGGAGGUUGCUCGAAAACGGAAGCUCACCCUCAAUGAAUCUAAAUCAGUUAUGUCUGUGCCUAUAAUCAAUCUUAUGGAUGCUUCUCUAAGAUCUGUGGAUGAGAGCCUUCCAUUUGUUGUGGAGAGUGAUGCUUCGGAGGUCGCUAUCUCAGCAGUCUUAAACCAGGGUGGCCGGCCAGUAGCUUUUAUGUCAAGAACGCUUCAGGGAAAUGAUGUGAAAAAGGUGUGUGCUACUUGUAAGGUCUGUGCACAGCAAAAACCACAAUUCCAUCGUUCAGCACAAGGGGUCCUCAUUAAAGCCACACAGCCGAUGGAACGCCUUAGCAUUUACUUCAAAGGACCUUUGCCUUCCACCACAAACAAUAAGUCUAGCAAACACGAACCAUUAACUGAUCAGGUAGAACUUGUUGAUGUGAACCCAAUGUAUGCAAGUGUCAAAUAUCCAGAUGGCCGCGAGUCAACCGUGUCUAUCCGUGACUUAGCUCCAAGUCCUGAGAGUCCGACGACUCCUGUGCACCAGGAUGAAGCACAAGGAAAUAUAGAGACCCCAAGUUCACCCAAAACCCAAGGUGUACCACCUUACAAUAAUCAUGAUUCCCAUUCACCGACUGGGCCCAUUGAGUUAAGGAGGUCGACUCGUGUGUCGAAGCCCCCCGAUCGUUACGGAUGGGAUUAA